AUCAGUUGCAAUCAGACCAUGGCCUCGUUUGGAGUUCGAGGAAUGGGCCAGCCGCUGGGCAUUCGGAUAUGCUGUUGUCGCGUCUGCACCUGCAUCAAUUUCGGGUUCGUUCUGUCGCGGAUCGGCCUCCUGAAGCUGAUGCAACUGGGCCUGGCCAUGCUCUGCGAGGGACUGCUCAUCCGCUACGGCGUACCAUACGCCGAUUCCAUUGGCCAGGCGCUAACCAGCUUCCUGGCCACAACCGGCCACUGCUUCACCACCACUGGCAUCCUGCUACUGUGCUACGCCUUCUCCGACAAAUCCUACAGUCUCAUUCGGCAGUCACUAUUCGAGACCUUGUUCAAUGGCCUCGCCAGCUGCAUGUACUUCAGCUCAUCCAGUUACAUGGGUUUCGCCUGCGUGGUAUGGCUACAUCCGCAGUUCCUGGUGCGACCCGGAUUCUGGGCAUAUCCGGCCAUGACAGCCUGCUAUUACAUGGGCUAUGCAGCGGGAAUAUUGCAUGCCCUGGAUGCCUACUUGGCGUUCCGGCACUUCCGAGGCGCACGCUAAUCCCGGCCAGACAAAAGCAGUAUCUUAAGUACUCUGUGGACAUAUUUAUAUGAGUUUUAGGUUUAAGGCACCUUACUUCCGUUGGUCUCGAACAUUCGCGGUAAACGCGAUUAGUCGUAUGUUUAUAAAUAAUAACAUUUAAAAUGGACUGGUUUCAUUAGCACCAAAAGGAGUGGAGUGGGAGAUCCGGCGAUCUUGUGGCCCAUCAGGCCAUCUUGUUGGCCUCCGCCUUGAAUUUUCUGCAAGUACAUAGUUCGUUAGAUGUUUUAUUGUUUCUCCAUUGAAUUCGUUUUACACCCACUUGAGUUGCUUGAGAGCCUGGCUGGUCUCGAAGUCCGCCUUUAGCAGUCCGAUGCGCACCCAGCGCGGCCUUUCGUGAAUAACCUUGUGGAUGAGAAACUUCAGGCCCAGCAGCAAGUGUUCGAAGAUUACGAACGAAAGAUCCGGCACCGAUGGCAGCCAGUGAGAGAAGAAGUCCCUGAUGGAUUAAAAAAAGGAUGAUUAUCAGUAAGAAAGUCAGAAAAAGGCCAAAACUCACUUGACAUUCGGCUGAAGGAAGAGCAGACCGCAGUUGCUAAGCAACGACAUCACUGAGAGCAGCUCGAAGGCCAGCUGCCAGGCGCCGAUGUUCUUGGCGCGCCUUGCAAAUGGUCGCUUAAAGAUGUUGCACAGCUUCCACAUAUCAAUGUGCACCGCAAAGACGUUGUUCAGCAGAGCUCCAAUGGCGGCAAAUGGGGCAACGGCGGCAAACAGGACCACGAAUCCAAACUGGAUGCAUACCUGCAGGUAGUCCUCGUACGUGGAAUGAUAUUCAUCUAGUCCGGAUUCGUAGAACGAUUGCUCGUAGCGCGGCAGAUCACUGAUGGAUCGCAGCUUCUCCUCGGCCACCUCGCGAUGACGGAACUCGGCGUACUUCUGGCGCAGCACCGCCAGCAGCGGUAUACCAAUCUCCUGGGCGAUGCACAGCAGCUGGAAGACCAGCAGUUGCAUCAUCAACUGGUACUUCAGCUGGCGCAGAUCGUGCAGCACGAAGGCAAUAUAGAACUGCGAGAAGAAGUUAUUCACGAUCUCGAAGAGCAUCAGCUUAUUGACCCGAUGACGAUCGUACUGCGAUCGAGUUCGAUGGUUCUCCAGGUUGGUGAGGAAUGUGGCCAGCUUUUCGUAUGCCCACGAAAAGAUCGCAAUCAGCACCGACUGCACAAUAACCGGCACGUACAGCAGCCAGGAGUCUGGUCCGAAAUCCGCCAGCACCUCGGCUUCGAUCUGAAACUGGUAGAGGGCAAACCAGCCGGCGGCAACCACACAGCCCAGCACCACCGGAUACGAGAUGCAGUACAUCUGCAGGUAUGUGUACCGCAUCGGAUAGUGGAGUGUCAUCUUGCCGGUGAUGGGGUCCGGUUUCAAUUGGCCCGUAUAUGCGGAUCGCGGCUUGUCCAGGCUGCUCAUCUCAAUGGUGCCCCAUCGAUACGAGUAGCCGGCACACUUACGCUUCCACAACUCCAGGAAAAUCUAAAAAUAUAGGAAUAUGUUAAUAUAAAAUCGAUUGGAAGACCAAAACCAUAACGUUUUAUGCCAGCUCUAGUGUAUUUAAUCUUUAGUUAACUGUUUUUUGUGGCAAUGAUUUAGUCGGUGUAUAGAUAUAUUUAAACUAUUCAAACUUGAAAAUUGGUAAAACUGCAAGAUCAAAAUACAUACAUGCUAGCUAUUUUUACUAUAGCACUU